AUGGCCUACAACAGGCAGCGCUUGGUCAAUAACCCAACCACCCUCCUAGCGUGGUCGAGACAGCCUUCUUGGACUACAAUCGUACCCAGGCUUGCCUUCACCGGUGCUAGCAUAAGAGGCAAGGCCACUUCCACUAAACUGGAGGCACAUUCGGAUAAGCGACCCGGUGGCAGGCCCCCAAAGAGGCGUAUCCACACCCUAGAUUCAUCCCGUCUCGAGCCAUCCGACUUCCAAGACAUCUCAAGCCAGAACUUCGUCCACUGGAGCCUUACAGUCGACGGCGAAAGUUCCGGAUUGAGCCUCUCAACGUUCUAUGCUCGUUGUGCAAUACAACGAGUGAAGAGAGGGAACCAUCCAAGUAAGGUUAAGAACCCAGUUGUUCCAUUCCCUGAAGGCACACGUGGAUUUUUGUAUUACCUUCCUCCGGGCUCCGAGGGCCUCACAACAGACCGUGACGAUACUGGCCGGAACUCAGACAUCGAACUAUCUCCGUUCGAGUCCAUAAAACGUGACCCCGACGCCGUCGGUCGAGUCCUUUUCCGCAUCACAGACAAUAACGACCCCUCGAGCUUUGCUGCAGGGCGGGACCUUAUGCAACCUGGAGGUAUCACCCCAUGGUACGCCGUUCCCCGCAAGAACAGCGCAGCCUGGCGCCUUCUUAUUCGAGAUGGGCUUCUCAUAGACUCCAACAAACCAUGGGGGACUCGCCGUCUGACGACUUCCACUAUCUCGGCUCUCGAAGAACCGUUCUUGUUCGAUCUCUCUAACACCGAGAUCAACGUGUAUGUGCGGAGUAAACGGGACGGAGGCUUCUACAAGCUCGCCUUCGGUAAUCCGUUCUGUAUCCACCAGAAAUAUCGCCCUCGGAUCUUACGCUGUCAAUUCGAGCGUUCAGCCGCACCAAAGCACGCAGGUACCGACACUUUUGUCAUACGGGUACUCGAAAUAUCGGCCCCCGUAAGACGCCUUCCGAUCGAGUCCGACACCGCGAGCUUCAGCACCUAUCACCUUCGAGUUCUUGAGACUCCGAGCAGACCAGAGGUUGGAGAACUGCUGCCUCUGACGAGGAAGGGCACUCUCUGGAGUCGUAGGGUAUCGAGCGGCGAAAAGAAGGAGAGUAAGUGGAAGAAGGGAUGGCACGUCCUUCUGGACAAUGAAAUGCUCAAGGCCACGAGUUCCCUGUCGGAGGCUUGA